GCAGAUCGCCAGUGAAGGAUUUAUUUCAAAUAGUUCGAUGAAUACUUUUUGGAAAGUAUGUAAUGUACCAUGUAAGCUUAAAACGGCCAUGGUCAUGUGUGAAUUUGAGUUAUUAGCUUCAAGGUCAGCCCUUGUUUGGUUGAGUUCAAGCGGCUACCUUGUACAAACUGGCUAGCCGUUAAUGUUUUAUGGGAAGUAGUUUCAGCUGUACAUCAGAAGUUAAUAUGGCUAACAAGUUAUUACCUGCUGCUGUUGUUUCUCCUCGUUCGAAACACACUGCUACGUUGAUUUUUCUGCACGGACUGGGUGAUACAGGACAUGGUUGGUCAGAUGCAUUGAGAUCACAUGUUCCGGAUUACUUCAAAGUCAUUUGUCCCCAUGCGAAUUCAAUUCCAGUCACGCUAAAUGGAGGAAUGCAAAUGCCAGCUUGGUAUGAUAUAUAUGCUUUGAGCGAAAAUGCUAGGCAAGAUGAAGCGGGAAUUAAGGAGGCGUCAAGUGAAUUGGGAAAAUUUGUAGAUUCUGAAGUGAAAGCUGGAAUUCCUAUUGAGAAUAUAGUUAUUGGCGGAUUUUCUCAAGGUGGUUCGGUUGCUCUUUAUAAUGCAUUAACGGGGACAAGUCGCUAUGGUGGCGUUGUUGCUUUUAGUUGUUGGCUUCCACUUCAUGUGAAAUUCAUGACGUCUCCUACACUUUUGACUAUGCCAAAGGAUGUCCCAAUUUUUCAGUGUCAUGGGUUGCAAGAUUGCACGAUUCCCUUUGCUAUGGGCAAGCUUACUCAUGAGCUGUUACAAACUUUCCAAUUAUCCAAGUGUGAACUUAAAAGCUAUCCUCAUCUGUCUCAUUCAUCAUGUGAACAGGAGAUGGAGGAUCUUCGGGCAUUUUUGGUGAAAAACAUCCCUGGGACACAGAAGUGAAGUAUCACCUGUUUUUUACAAUCCUCCGGUUAAUUUUCCUGUUCGUUAGACGAAACAUGAUUUUCACUUUUCCUCAUUCACUUCCAAUGUAAUAUUCCCUUACGCGUGUGCAAAAUAUACGUUUUGGU